UCACGUCUACAAUGUGCACGUGAACAUAAUGUGGGAAAUGUUUAUCAGCGAGCAUUUAGUCGUAAUCGGUGGACGAAUGUAGACUGCAUGGAACCUAGUCGCAAGAAUGUUGUUCAUUUACUCGCUGGAGGUGCUGGUGGUACGGUUGGAGCCAUUGUAACAUGUCCGUUGGAAGUAGUGAAGACUCGGCUUCAAUCAUCCGUUGCCACAUUUCACCCAGUGUAUAACCUACAGACUCUUAAUGUUGUGCCACAAGUGCAACCCUGUGCCAGUUAUGCAACGUGGAGCAAUUCUUUCGUAUCCCCGAAUGAGUUAGUCCAUCACUCAUCAAAACCAUCAUCAGCAGGAGUACUUGUGUGCCUAAGGUUCAUAGUGAAGACCGAAGGAGUCCGAGGUUUAUUCAAAGGUCUUGGCCCGAAUCUAGUCGGCGUUGCUCCAUCAAGGGCUAUUUAUUUCUGCACAUACGCCAAGGCCAAACACACGCUGAACCAGCAGUUCAACCCCAAUACACCAAUUGUCCACAUCCUAUCAGCGCUUUCAGCAGGUUUUUGUGCCAGCACUGCCACCAACCCGAUAUGGUUUGUCAAGACGAGGCUUCAGCUAGAUCAGAAACGCGAGGGGAGCCUGUCAUGGCAGAAGUGCAUCCGUCUAAUCUACGAGGAACAUGGCAUGAGAGGGUUCUACAAAGGCAUCACAGCGUCUUACUUUGGCGUGACCGAAACUGUCAUUCACUUCCUCAUCUACGAGUCCUUGAAAGCCCAAUUCAUGAAGAACGACCCCCCUGAGUGCAACGGGACUGGAAUCUCAUGUCUGUUGAAGUACAUGACAGCUGGGGCCAUCUCGAAAACAUGUGCAACAACCAUAGCAUACCCUCAUGAGGUUGCGAGGACACGACUACGACAGGAAGGCAGGAAGUACCGCUCGUUCAUCCAGACUAUUCUGUUGGUAGCCAGGGAGGAAGGUCACACAGGGUUAUACCGUGGCCUGGUCACACAGCUCGUCCGACAGAUCCCCAACACCGCAAUCAUGAUGGCUACAUAUGAACUUGUUGUACAUCUGCUCUCAAAAGAUGACAAGACCGGCUAGCUCCUUCACUCUCAACAGAGGAGACUCCAACAGAUGUGAUGACAUGGGCCAGUCCACACAUUUCAUCGGGAUCAUCGAUGGAGAAGACAUUCGGCAGUUAUGCCACAUCAUUCCUUCAAGUCCAGAUGAAUCCAAAUCUAGAUCUGAAACCCAGGGUCAGUCAGAGGAAAAGAUCUGAGUUCACGUUCUCAACACAGAAUCUGUUCUGGGGGCAUAGAGAAGUUUCGAGAAAGAGAUGAUCUCUGUAGUCCUGUACAGUUGAAACUGAACAUUUUCGUCUGCACAAAUCACUCCCAGCUUGCCAUGGAUGAGUGUGCGAGAGCAUGCCACAGGACAAGCUCAUCAUGUGUUGAACAUAUUGGUGCUGCAGCAGUCUUUCGACUGGUUCCACUGUUGAUUACUUCAGGCUGACGGUGUAUCAGUCAUCAUAUCAUUUCACCAUGGUUACUUGUAAAAUCAUUUUCAACAAUUU